CCUUGUAGUUAUCUAUCUAUGGUUUGCAUUUCACAAUUAUGGUUUGACGUUAUCUAUCUCAAGGCAAGGAUAGAUAGGGAUCUACUCAUCUCAGACCACAGAUCACUAAUAUAUGACCUCACAUCAUUAAUUCAUUUCUAGCGUUUGCGAUAUUAGAGUGUGUUGAAAUUGAAACUAAAAAGUGUAAAUAUUUGAAGAUUAUGUAUAAAAGGUUAAUCGGGUGUGUAUGACUACAUACCCAUAUGCACCGUUUCAUAAAACGAGCUUAAUUUCUUAACGUCUUUUUUUCCCAUAGAGAUUCUAUACUUAAACGUCGUUAAGUGAAAGGUGCAAUAAAUACAUCACAAUUAUUGUUAGUCGAGAUUCUCAAAGACGCUCAAAUACUCGAAAAUGAAUUCCUCAACCCUUAAAUCAAAACCAAUGACAAAAGAAGAGGCCAUGCGUUUGGUAGAAUUAGUAGCAGCUGAUGGGGUAAUUACCAGCAGAGCUACAAAUGCUACAAACAAUAAAAUGAAAGAGGAGAGUUGGAGGAGAUUGACCGAAUCCUUCAACUCUUCGGUUUCAAUUGUCCCACGUUGCGCCCAACAACUGCGCUUGAAGUGGGAAAAUUUGAAGAAGAGUGCCCGGAAACGUGCUGCAAACAUGAGGAGUAGCCGUUUUAAGACGGGAGGUGGGAAGGACUACUUCCCACCAGAUGAAGUUUUGGAUAAAGUAGCGUCUCUAUUGGGGACCACAUGCGAGGGACUUCCCACCAAUUUUGGUGGGGAUGCCCUUUGUGAAAUUCCUGUUGUGCCCUCUACAUCCAAUAUGCAGGAGCAAGUGGAGCAAGUGGAGCAAGUAGAGGAAGAACAAGAAGAAGAUAGGGCUACGGCAGCAGAGGAAAAUCCUGAAAUACAAGUGCCUCCUUCAACACCUAGCAUAAAGAAAAAUAAAUUCCCCUUGCAUAGAGCAAGUGGAAUUAAACAAACUCGUGAGUAUUUUUUAUAUGCAUGACCGUUAUGAAAGAGAUAUUGAUUCAUAUAAAGCAGUACUUAAUUAUCUUUAUGCACAAAGAAAUUUUGAUUUACAGUUAAAAAAAAACAGCAAUUGGAAAUCGAGAGAAUGGAGGCCAAAAUUAAGAGGGACAUAGCUGUGGCAGAAUACCUAGAAGCAAAAAAAAGGAAAAUUGAUGCAGAGAUGGAGGAGAAAGAUUUACUUGUGGCAAAGCUCAAAGCCGAAUUAAA